AUGAAUGAAAGAAAUACAAAAACCAGGACAGGAACAGAUGUGAAAAAUAAAAGGGAAAUACCUCAGAGGGCUAGGGAAAAUUUGACUGACCAGACAAGAUGUCCUGUUGAGGCCUACAAGUUGUACAAAUCAAAGCGUCCUGUAAAUUUCUCCAAACCUGAGGAUCCAUUUUACAUCCAAGAGAAUACAAACCCAAAUAAGUCCACAAGAUGGUACAAAAGUCAGAUAGUGGGAGUAAAUAAGCUGGGCAAGUUUAUGAAGAUAAUGGCAGAAAAAUCAGGUAUUAUAAAAGAAGUGGAAAACAGGACUGAAAUUGAUGAUCAGGAUGAGGGAGCAGAAAGUCAUCUAACAAACCAUUCUGCUCGACGUUUUAUGCUCCAGAAGCUGGAUGAUGCAGGAGUCGAGCAUAACCAUAUAAAGCAGAUAUCUGGACACAGAAAUAUCCAAAGCAUUUCUAGCUACUCUAAACUUAAUCCAAGUAAACAUAAAGAGAUCGCCAGUUGUAUUCUUGGUGGCUGCGAUGACAGAAUUCAGGCAUCACAAACAUUGGUCACGAUAGACAAUAACAUAGGAGAAAGAAAUGUCCAUCAAACAACAACAACAUCCGAGAGGCAGAUCUCAGUUGGACAAGGUCAAGUCGCACCUGCCGGGCUUAACUAUAUUUUCGGGGCCCCAAUAUAUGGAGGAACAUUCAACAUCAACAUACAUAGCGUACCUGACAAUAACCCUCAGCAAAGGAAACGUAGGAGGGUCAUAUUUGACAGUGAUAGUUCCCAGGAAUAA